CUCUCUCCCAACUCACGGAGGGAACUCAUUUCUCAUCUUCUUUCUUCUCUUCUCCGUCUUCAAUCUCGUCUCUAUAUCUAUCGCCAACGAUGUCGCGAUCAUGAAAAACUGCAAUGGUUGACAGUCCAACAACAAAUGUCUGCCCGUAUCACCGAGAAAAUCAUUCAGCUUCAAGCUCUUAAAAAGCUUAGCUUGCACGACAACGUUAUCACAGGGGCGUGAGGGAAUGGGGGCGAGAGAGACUGUAUCUAGGAUCUGCUCCAUUGCCUGGAGCGACGGAAGGGGCGAGACGUCAACCCCUUCUUCGAGUCUCACGUUUCUAUUCUUUCUAUCUCUCUGUCUACUUGAUUAAAAACCCAAAAAUAGAGUGAAAACCCGAAAUCGCCUCUUUUCAUCCAAAAAACCACGCUAAGAUCUUCUCCUUCAUUCCCAAUACCACUGAACACCAUUCCAGGAGCGGUUUUCGUCUCUCCUAUCUUUGUUCCCGUGAGCGUCUCAGAGGUGGCUUUCUAGAAGGGGCUUUUUCUUGAUAGGAACGGAGCAGCGUCGAAGAAAUAAAGGUUUGAUUGGGAGGAAAAGAAAAGUGCGCGUGAAGGUGAAGGACUGUGAUAGGAUUUCGGAGACGGAGAUGAUGACGAUGAUGAGGUGGGGUACAUGGGAGGAGCUCCUCGGAGGCGCCGUUCUUAGACACGGGACCCAAGACUGGGGUGCCGUCGCUGCGGAGAUCCAGGCCCGGAUCCUCUAUUGCUGUAGUUUCACCGCCGAGGUUAUCUUUCUUGGGAUUCAAUGUCAAUGUCUCUUUCACUUCAAACAACCAUCAACCCCAGAUCGGGAUCCUUUUCCACCUGUGCAUCGCCUUUCCUCUGUCACUCCAUCUCCAUCCAGCGCCUGGCAACAAGGCCGAGGCUGUACACAGUUCCUGUAAAGAAAAAUCAAUCAUGUUAUACGUUGUGUAGACAACAACAAGGUGGAGUCUCAGUCGGAGACGACCAUGGGAUCAUGGAUAGGCGAAGCAUUCUCAUCUCCUUCGUGGGUGUAAGUGCUGUGGUUGCCGGCUUUUUUAGCCUGGGCAUGAUGGCCAUUGAAGGCCCCAAACGAAGCUCGGACAAGAAGAAUAAUGGAGGAGCAUCCCGGCUGCAGCAAGUCUCCGAGUUUGGGUCGGAGCCACGGCUACUGGACACGGCGAUACGAGCAUUGAUCGAGAGGCCCAAGAUGCCCCCUUCGGGCAAGUCCAAGCGGACGGAGACCUUAGUGGUGUAUGGCAUCGAUAUUCCCAAGGAUGGAGCGGUGAGGUUGGACAUCUAUGUUGCGAAGCCACAAGGGGACUCCUGCGUUGGUCCUGAUUUGGGUGCGUUUGCGGGGAGCUUGGUGGUGGAUGUGGCCCGCAAUCUCAUCGGAGUUGGACGCUUGGAGCUUGGGUUGACGGGCAUAAUGAAGGAGAUCAGUGCUGAGGAGUCUGAGAAGUUAGUGGUGACGCUGGUCCCAACAGCUGGAGAAGUGGUCAUCGGAGGGGUACGGGUUGAUUUGGGGGAUCGAGCAACUUGAUUUUGUGGCUUUAGUCGGUGACUCGGUGCUUGUACUCUCUUUUUUUCUUUGGGUUUCUUAUCUGUAACUUUUUGCCCUAAUUAUCAAUAAAAAAUAAUAUUUUUAUAAAAU